AUGAAAAGUGAGGACAAGAAAGAUAGAAAGAAAGUCAAACAAAGAAUGACACGAAAUACGUCAUAUAUAAUGGAAAAAGAAACAACAUACUAUGCCAUUGGGUUAAGUAAUACCAUUAAUUCAUUAUUGGAAGAUGAAGAUUAUUUAUUACAAGAAGGAGCUUGCAAGAUGGUAACAUAUCUUUCAAAUAUGAAUUAUAUGCCACCACAUGAAACGACAGAUACAAUGUUGGCAAUCAUUCAAAAGACAUCGAGUGAGACAUUGAUAAAUGAAAUUGCAAAGAUCUUUCAUCAGUUGUUGGAUCAACAUCACUUUACAAUAGACAUUAACUUUGAACUAAUGUGUUCAAUCUUGUUUUCAAUUGGUCAUCAUUAUGAUUCUAAUAUUGAUACUCAAAGGUUUGCAAAGAUACCAAUUUACAAUGCAAUUUCAUUAUUAAACUAUAUGUCUUAUUCAUUUGAAUAUUUAAUCAUUGAAAAGAGAGAUGAUCAUCCAAUCAAAUCUAUAUUGGAUCGUGGUAGAACUGAAUUAUUCUUUAGUUGUAUCAUGUCAACAUUGAACAAAUGUGAAAAUGAUACAUUUCAAAAUAUUGUUAAAUUAAUUGUAGUUAUUUAUAAUGUAAUGGAUCCAUUACAAAAAUCACAAGUAUCACCUACACUUUCACAAAAGUUUAAGACUAUAUUAAGCGAUGAAAGAAAAAUAAUGUUUAUACAGGUAUUGGAGAAUGGUCCAGUUAAAAAUAAGCUAAUGGAACAGUUCCUUCAUGACUCUGUCAACAAGACAAUGGGUAGAGCCUAUGAGAGCAAAGCACAGAGUGCAGAUGCAAUGGAAAGACUUUCAAAAUACUUUUUGAGGUGUCUCCCCAUCUAUCCAACCAGUCGUACAUCAAGAGCUCUAGAACUCUACACAACCCUUUGCAAUCAUUGGUUACAAUCAAUUCUAUCAACAGACUAUCAUUCAAAUCAACAACAACAAUAUGAUUGGAAGAGAUUGUUACAAGAUUUUACAGAUUUUGAUGAAUUGAUUCAAAUGGAUAUCAACAAGGCCGUAGAUGCAAAAUUAGUGGAUUGUAAUUUAAAAAUUAUGAUAUUAAUCAUUCAAUCCAAAUCAUCUUAG